CCUGCUACAACUUGUCUAGAACACCACUGUAAUACCAUGCCUAUCAAGAAGACCAGGGUGGCCACCUCGUUGCCCCCAUUACCCCGUCUUAAGAUCAGAAAGACCACCACCAAUACCGCCACAAACCAAUGUUUUGUGUUGAUGUCUUCUCUUUUGAACUGUUGGGCUGCCAACGGUGAAGCUUCUGCCGCCUGUUCGAUGUUUGCCACCGACUUGAAGACAUGUAUGGAGGCCCAGAAGCCGGGCAAGGGCCAGGUUUCGUCCGUCAACUACCACGCGUCGAGAUUGUACCCUAAGUUGAGAGGGAAGGUCAACGAUUGAGGGGUCCCAACCGCGAACAUUUGUACAUAGCAUAUUCUUUUAUAGAGGAGUCUACUCAAUAAAUUAGAAACAUUAGGAAGGUAAAAAAA